AGAUGAAUAGAUUAAUUGGAAAGCCUUCUACCGUAGACAAAUUUAAUGGAGUAUGCCUAUAUGUUUAUAAGGAAUAAUCCCUCUCUAUCAUGAGCGCUUCUUCUCUUCUUCCUUCAAGCACCUUUGCUCCUCACAUUCAUUGUUGAUUAUCACGCUCUUUUCGAAAGCCUUUCGCACCUUUCAUACAUAACUCCAAGUCGAGUUUAUUCACUAUUUUCAAGCACAUAUCUAAGUUUCCGGUCCGAGACCAAAUAAAAAUAAGAAUUCUUCUCCCGCCGUUUCAAUCACACAAACAAAUUCAAAAUGCAGCUCCCAAUCAAGACUCUCGUCGCUCUCCUCCCUUUCUUCCUUCAAGUUAGUGCUCAAGCCUCUGGUUCCGGCACCACCACUCGUUACUGGGAUUGUUGCAAGCCAUCUUGCGCUUGGUCUGGCAAAGCUACUCUCGAAUCUGGCUCUGGACCAGUCGGAACCUGCGAUGUUAACGACUCACCUCUUUCAGACCCUACCGCAGUUGCUGUUUCUGGAUGCGACGGUGGAAACUCUUACAUGUGCUCAGACCAAUCUCCUUGGGCAGUUAGCGAUGAUUUGGCAUAUGGUUAUGCUGCCGUUAACAUCGCUGGUGGAAGCGAGGCUUCAUGGUGUUGUGCUUGUUAUGAAUUGACUUUCACCAGCACUGCUCUUGCUGGCAAGAAGAUGAUCGUUCAAGCUACUAACACCGGUGGUGAUCUUGGCUCAAACCAAUUUGAUUUGGCUAUCCCAGGUGGAGGUGUUGGAAUCUUCAAUGGUUGUACAACCGAAUUUGGUGCUCCUUCCUCUGGAUGGGGUUCACAAUAUGGUGGUGUCUCCGCCGUUUCUUCCUGCUCAACCUUCCCAGCUGCCCUUCAGCCAGGUUGCAACUUCAGAUUCAAUUGGUUCGAAGGUGCCGAUAACCCAACCGUCGAUUUCAAACAAGUCGAAUGUCCAGCAGCAUUGACCAAGAGCACUGGAUGUAAGAGAGCCGAUGAUUCAAGCAUGCCAGCUCCAGAUGCCUCGGGAAGUGCAUCCGCUUCCCCAGUUGCAAGCACUUCUGCAGCAGUUGUCCCUCACAUCGCUGUCCCUUCUUCCAAGGCUUCCUCUGCCCCAGCAGUUACUUCCCACUCUUCCGCCACUAAAUCCGCAAAGACCAGUGUCGCCGCUCCUCAUUCCACCUCUGCUUCGGCUGGCGAUGACGAUGAUACUUGCGAUGCCGAGUAAAUUACGAAAACCAGGAGUUUCGACAUGGAAUGGAGUUUGAUGAACCGUAGAGGUAGAGGUAGAGAUAGAUGAUAUGAAUCAGAUGGCUGGGUAGAGAGCCUGGCUAAAGAUGAUGAAAGAUACCUUCUUGUAAUUAUUUUCCCAAUCGCCAAAUUCAAAUAUGAAUUGAACCAACUUUUUUACAACAUUA